AUGUUAGUUAAAACACCGCUGUGUUCAGGCUGUAUUUCAACAGUUCAAGUGCACAAUAAUAUAACAGGAGUUACGAAAAACAGCGGCAUGAAGCGUUCCAGCAAACGAUUUCAGAAGAAAGAAGACAGCGAAUCGACGGCUGCAGAAUCGAUUGUGGGAACUCUGAAACAUCUCAACUUGAUCUUUUCGGAAGAUUUUCGCAAGCCGUUGUAUGAUUAUUUAAAAAAGCUCAGUGGUGUGAAUUUUCCUAUUGAAGAUUCCCUCAUUGUUGGAUUGGCAAAAAUGAUUAUUGAUGAAUUCCCACUGACUGAGCAAAUCUUUUUUGCGGAUACAGUCUGGGAUCAGUGGUUGACAAAUUAUCGUAAGCAACAUCCAGAAUUCGAAGAAUAA